GUCCCAACUGAAGGAUUGCAAAUUGUUGUGCUGACGGGAUCUUGGAAUCCUCCUCUCUGCCUUUGGGUAGCCUCAGCACCUCCUGGUGUCCCCACCGUAUCCAUGGCAGUGUGUGUGGGCCCUGGGCCUGUCUGCCUGGUGUUCCUGCUCCUCCAGCCUCUUGAGCUCCCAGUCCUUGCCCCUGGUCAGGGUCCAGUGAUGUGGGGUCUCCUCCUUGCCCAGGUAGGUUGAGGCCAGGCUCCCUUCAGCCUUUGUGGGGCAGUCAGCACCCUGGGCGUGGACUCUGUGGGGGCUCCUGCUCCAGCAGGAGUUGAGCUGUUGGCUUGCACACCUGGCUGCAGGGCCUUCCUUACCCCACAGAUUGUCGGAGGGGGAUGAACAUGCCUGAUGGGUGCAACAGUCACCCAUUCUUGCCCAAGGCCACUGUUGGAUUUCGCUGCAGGGCUCUGAAAAGAGUACAAGGUGACUCAUUGGUGUGUGUCCACAGCAUUGGGAGUAUACUGCCUUCCACAUCCCCAUACUCAACCAUCCUUGAUUAGAAGUACUUGAAAAGGCAGUUGUACCUGUAUUGAAUGGGUACAAACUUCUUUUCCUAUUAUUCUUGAACAAUACAGUUGAGCUAUAGCUUACGUGGUGUUCCGUUGUAUUAGGGAUCAUAAGUAACCUGGCCAUGAGUUGAACCAGGCACAGGAGGAUGUGUGUAAACCCUGGGCAGAUGCUGUGUCAUUUUGUGUGAAGGACUUGAGCAGUGUCCAUUGUGUUAACUGGUGUUGGAACCCAUCCCACAGAUGCCAAAGAAUGACUACAGUAAGGCUUCCUGAGUGUGUGCCCGAGGCCCCUGGCUUCCUUCUGGAGUGUGACCGCGCCUCACUGGACGCCCUGCACCAGCACCUGGCGCUGUACCGGGUCCGGCGGAAGGUCAAAGUGGAGCCGUGCCCCGAGCACCGUGUGUGGGCCGUGCUGUCUGGGACUGCCCAGGCUGGCCAGACACCACUCUUGCAGGAGAGGGCAGAGGCCACUGCCAUCCUGGCCCGUGAUCCCCGGACAGUGCGCAUGGGCUGGCGGCUCCUCACGCAGGACACAGGCCCAGCCUUGGUGCCUGGUGCCAGGCUCGGGGACCCCCAAGAUUACCAUGCACACCGGUACCAGCAAGGUGUCCCCGAGGGGGUCCAUGACCUGCCCCCAGGGGUAGCCCUGCCCCUGGAGUCCAACCUGGUCUUCAUGAAUGGUGUGAGCUUCACGAAGGGCUGCUACAUUGGCCAGGAACUGACUGCACGCACCCACCACAUGGGUGUCAUCCGCAAGCGCCUCUUCCCUGUGCACCUGGCCGGCUGCCUCCCAGCUCACAGCAUCAUGCCUGGCACCCCGGUGCUGACUGAGUCGGGACAGGCUGCCGGCAAGUUCAGGGCUGGGCAGGGAGACUUCGGGCUAGCUCUGCUGCGCAUGGAGAAAAUCAAGGGCCCCCUCCACAUCAAGACCUCUGAGAGUGACCCAGUGGCCAUCACUGUGUCUGUGCCAGACUGGUGGCCCACAGCCACCAAGUAGCCCAGGUGACCUCAGCUCCUGUAGGCCACAGGUCCUUCUACUGUGCCCAGCAGGGGCCCCUGGAGCACCCACCUA